AUGAAAUUGUGCAGCCAAGUCAAUGAUAUCUAUAUUGAAAAUAAAAUACCAUUCUAUUUUUCUUUUCAUUCAGUCUUUUUUUUUUUAACUUUCUUUGUUUUUUCAUUAUUCUUUUUGCCUGUAUAUGAAUGUAAGUUUUUUCUUUCAGUUUCUUUCAUUCCUUUAAUUUUUCUAGAUUUUGCUAUUUACUUACUUUCUUCUACUUUUUCUUUCUUUCUUUCUUUCUUUCUUUCUUGUCUUCACCGUAAUUCAUUCUUUAUACUCUUACUCUCUAUUUCUCUGCUUUUUCUUUCUUUCAUUGUAGCUUUCACUCUUCAUUUAACUUUGUUUAUUUUCUCUCUUUCAACCCUUUUUCAUAAUUUGCCUCUGUUCUCUUCAAACUCAUCUCAUUGCUUUUUGUCUUUAUAUUUUUCUGGUCUCCAUUUCUUUGAUCUUUCCCUCUUUGUCUCUCAUUCUUUCUCCUUCUCUCAUUAUAUCCUUCCUAUCAUCCCUCCUUCUUUCCUUUUAUUUCUCUUAUUUUCUAUUUCUCUCUUUAACUUCCCUUCUGCCACCUUAUUCUCUUUUUAUUCUCUCUCUGUAUUCAUUAUUUCUUAUAUCAUCACUCUCUCUUUCUCCAUCUUUAUUUUACACUCUUUCUGCAUUCAUUGUUCCCUCUAUCUUCUCUUACUCUCUCUGUAUUCAUUAAUCCUUCUUUUUGCCAUUUCUCUUCAUUUUCUCAUUUUUAUAAUCUUUAUCCUUCUUUCUUUUGUUGCCUCUCUCUUCUAA